GAAGAGAUGGGGCGGGCAUCCGGGCCCGCGGGGCCGGAUCUCCGAAUCUACGAAGCUCCGCGAUCCCGGCCGAUGUUAACGUACAGUACAGUCAAAUCCCAUAAGUUUAACACAGGGCAGCCGAUAAAAUGUCUCAAUUAAUGUUCCAUGGGGACUCAUUUUUGCCAAAUACUGCUACCUGGAGCAGUUACUACUUCUUUGGAGUAAACCCUUGAUCAUUUUUCCUUUAUCAGGCUCAGCAUUUCUGUCCGGAUUGACACUCUCUGUCACCGCCAACAUGUCGAUUCCAUCAGGCGUUGAUGUACCGAACGAAUGUGUUGCCGCUUUCAAGGAGCUCCUAUAUAAAAGAGGCGCCGACAAACUUGCCUUUGUGAUUUACAAAAUCUCCGACGACAAAAGAUCCAUCGUUGUGGAGGAAAGCUCUUCUGAAAAGAGCUAUGAAGUAUUCCUCCAAAAGCUCACUUCGUCUGUUGACCAUGAAGGAAAACGUGCACCUCGUUAUGCAGUAUACGACGUGGAGUAUGACCUGAACAACGACGGUCGAAGAGCAACCACGGUCUUUAUCAGUUGGGUACCCGAGGAAACAUCUACCAUGUUUCGCAUGUUAUAUGCCGCUACCAAGGAGCAACUCCGAAGAGCGCUUGAUGUCAAGGUUUCAAUUCACGCAGAUCAUCCAUCGGAUAUAGAAUGGAAGACGGUCUUGAGAGAAGCUAGUGGAGGGCGAGUUCGAGUCUAGGUUUUGAUCGGUGCUAUUAACAGCUCCCAACUUUCAUUUUCAGCCAUUCUUAUCUGCAUAAUGGUCCCUGGCAAAAUUCUGCUAUCACUUGCACGGCCUUCACUCGUAUUCUCUUUGGUACUGUAAAUAAUUUCACUGAUAGCUAAGGAUGAUGUACUGUACCAUGACUACUUAUUCUAGG